AUGGCUGAAAUUUACCGCUGCCUUAAUUACAAGACACCUGCUAUUGCUCGUGCCAGCAAACGCACACGGGCCUUGGAUGCUAUGGUCCAGCCAUACUCAAUACGUGAAACUGGCGAAACAAGUCUUCAGGUCAACCCGGCUGUUGUUAUUGGUAAGCCGCUGCCAGUUGGCCCUCUGCAAUUAAAGGUGCUGCCUCCCUGUCUGAAGUGUGGUGCUAAAAAAAUUGAACAUGAAACAUUGCAUUUUUGUUGUGGAGAUGGGGAUAUCAGAAUUGCUUCAAAUGAAUACCCUCCUGAAUUGGAGCGUUUAUUUACAUCUGACGAUGAAGAUGCAGUGCACUUUAGGAAAUAUGCUCGGCUAGGGGGGCCUAAGUUCCUGCAGUUGUAUUUCUGUGAUGGCCAGUGUGAGGCUGCAAAUAGGACUAAGUGUUUUCUAGAAGUUAGGGACGAUAUUAUUGAAAUUCUAAUGAGAGUCACCAAAGACAAUCCAUAUGCUCGGUUCUUUCGGUCUUUAAAAGAGAUCAAUGUAAGUGAGGAUACGCAAAUAGUUAUCAAUCAACAUGCAGUUUUGGACCAACGCAUGUUCAAUGCACCAACAAGUAAUGAAGUGGCUGCUAUAUGGACAGACAGUACAGGUUCUAGCAAAUCGGAAGGUUCAUACAUCUGUGUGUCUGGUAGAUCAGAUGACAUACAUCGAAUAUAUCAUUAUUAUGGAUGCUAUGAUCCAUUGCAGUAUCCUCUUCUGUUUCCCUAUGGUGAUUGUGGAUGGGCACAGGGGAUGUGCAAAAAUUACAGAGACAAGCAACAACAUGGUUCAGCAGCAGUAGACCCUGUGCAUUCAUGUUCUGUUAACACAGAAGAAGAUUUGCUUGCUGCAGAGGCUCUUCGUGCUUCGGAAAAUAGUGGCACUUCAGAAAGGCAUAUUUCCCCAAGGCAGUAUUAUGCAUAUAAACUUCAAAAUCACCCACACAAUAUGUUGCUUCGUGCAGGACGUUGUUUCCAGCAGUAUAUUGUAGACAUGUACAUCAAAAUAGAAAAUACACGAUUAGAUUUCUUCAGGCGAAAUCAGCAAACCAUACGUGCUGAUCUUUACCAGGGAAUUCUAGAUUCUGUAGAAGGAGGUGAAACAAAUGCUAUAAAUGUUGGCCGUAGAGUUAUUCUUUCUCCGACUUUUAUUGGAGGGCCACGUGAUAUGAAACGCCCAUACUUAAAUGCAAUGUCAUUGGUUCAGCGCUUUGGAAAGCCUGAUUUAUUUGUUACUAUGACAUGCAAUGCUAAAUGGCCUGAGAUAACAGCUGAACUUGCUGAUAGGGAACUUGCAGAAAAUCGUCCUGACCUUAUAACGCGUGUUUUUCGAUCUAAACUUAUCAGCCUUAAACAUGAGAUCAUGAAAAAACAUGUGUUUGGUGAAUUUGAGGCAAUGAUAUAUGUGAUUGAAUUCCAAAAAAGAGGCCUUCCUCAUGCUCACUUCUUAAUCAUUCUUAAAGGUGAAUACAAGGUCAAAUCACCUUCAGAUUUUGAUAAGUUUGUGUGUGCUGAAAUCCCUGUUGAAUGUGGCAAUCUUUGGAAGAUAGUCUUGGCCCAUAUGAUGCAUGGCCCUUGUGGCCUGCGGAACCCUUCAUGUGGGUGCAUGAAGAAGCAGGCAGAUGGCUCUAUUGCUUGUAAUUAUAAUUAUCCUAGGGCAUUUCUAAGCGAAACAACAAACAAUGAAGAUGGCUUCCCAAUGUAUCGAAGGAGAAAUACUGGUGAAAGUGUGCGUAUUUGGGGAGCUAACUUAGACAACCGGUGGGUCAUUCCGUACAAUCCUUAUCUAUCAAAAAAUUUUGACUGCCACUUGAAUGUUGAGGUUUGUUCAACAAUUCAUGCAGUUAAGUACUUGUACAAGUAUGUGUACAAGGGCCAUGAUAGGGUGUCUUUUAGUGUGGCUGGCCAGCAGGAUGCAGCUUUGGAUGAAAUUAAAAACUUUCAAUCUUGUAGAUGGGUUUCUCCAUGCGAAGCAACUUGGAGAAUUUUUGGACUUGACUUAUUUGAAAUGCAUCCGCCUGUUCAGCUCUUACCUGUGCACUUGCCUAAUAUGCAAACUGUUGUUGUGAACCCGAAUGAACGUUUAGACACUGUGGUUCAAAAUGAUAAGCGUUCACGCACAGCUCUUACAGAGUUCUUUAGGCUGAAUGCAGCUACACCUGGUGGUACAGGUCACCUGUACAGUGAGAUGACUGAACACUUUAGGUGGGACAAUGGAAAAAAGGCAUGGUUUCAAAGACAAAAUAAAAGAAUAGUUGUUGGACGCUUAGCUUUUGUUGCUCCAGGCGAGGGUGAGAGGUUUUUCUUGCGUCUGCUACUUAUUAAUAUUCGGAGUCCUAAGUCCUUUGAAGAUUUGUUAACAGUGAAAGGGCAAGUCUGCUGUACUUUCCAGGAAGUAGCCAUUAAAAGAGGCUUAAUGGAAGCAGAUGGUGCAGUGGUGGCUUGUUUAGAGGAGGCAUCAGAAGUGCAAAUUCCUGUAGCAAUGAGGCAACUCUUUGCUACUAUCCAAACAGUUUAUGGCUACGCUUUUACAGUUCGCUAA